GCCCCGGGGCUUGGGCUGGCAUCCUGGGCAGGGCAGGGGGCUGAGGCGUGGGCAAGGGAGAAUGCGCCUCUCCAAAACCCUCGUGGACAUGGACAUGGCCGACUACAGCGCCGCGCUGGACCCAGCCUACACCACCCUGGAGUUUGAGAAUGUGCAGGUGUUGACCAUGGGCAAUGACACAUCCCCAUCAGAAGGCACCAACCUCAACGCACCCAACAGCCUGGGUGUCAGUGCCCUGUGUGCCAUCUGUGGGGAUCGGGCCACGGGCAAGCACUAUGGUGCCUCAAGUUGUGACGGCUGCAAGGGUUUCUUCCGAAGAAGCGUGAGGAAGAACCACAUGUACUCCUGCAGAUUCAGCCGGCAGUGCGUGGUGGACAAGGACAAGAGGAACCAGUGUCGCUACUGCAGGCUCAAGAAGUGCUUCCGGGCUGGCAUGAAGAAGGAAGCCGUCCAAAACGAGCGGGACCGGAUCAGCACACGGAGGUCAAGCUAUGAGGACAGCAGCCUGCCCUCCAUCAAUGCGCUCCUGCAGGCCGAGGUCUUGUCCCAACAGAUCACCUCCCCCGUUUCUGGGAUCAAUGGUGACAUUAGGGCAAAGAAGAUCGCCAACAUUGCCGACGUGUGUGAGUCCAUGAAGGAGCAGUUGCUGGUUCUGGUGGAGUGGGCCAAGUACAUCCCGGCUUUCUGUGAGCUCCCCUUGGACGACCAGGUGGCCUUGCUCAGAGCCCACGCUGGCGAGCACCUGCUGCUCGGAGCCACCAAGAGAUCCAUGGUAUUCAAGGACGUGCUGCUCUUAGGCAAUGACUACAUUGUCCCUCGGCACUGCCCGGAGCUGGCGGAGAUGAGCCGGGUGUCCAUUCGCAUCCUCGACGAGCUGGUCCUGCCCUUCCAGGAGCUGCAGAUCGAUGACAAUGAGUAUGCCUGCCUCAAAGCCAUCAUCUUCUUUGACCCAGAUGCCAAGGGACUGAGUGACCCCGGCAAGAUCAAGCGGCUGCGGUCCCAGGUGCAGGUGAGCCUGGAGGACUACAUCAACGACCGCCAGUACGACUCUCGUGGGCGCUUUGGGGAGCUGCUGCUCUUACUGCCCACGCUGCAGAGCAUCACCUGGCAGAUGAUUGAGCAGAUCCAGUUCAUCAAGCUCUUCGGCAUGGCCAAAAUCGACAACCUGCUGCAGGAGAUGCUGCUGGGAGGGUCUGCCAGCGAAGCACCUCACGCCCACCACCCCCUGCAUCCUCACCUGAUGCAGGAACACAUGGGCACCAACGUCAUAGUUGCCAACACAAUGCCCGCUCACCUCAACAAUGGACAGAUGUGUGAGUGGCCCCGGCCCAGGGGACAGGCAGCCACCCCUGAGACUCCACAGCCCUCGCCACCAGGUGGCUCAGCCUCUGAGCCCUACAAACUCUUGCCCGGAGCCAUCGCCACCAUCGUCAAGCCGGCCUCCGCCAUCCCGCAGCCUACGAUCACGAAGCAAGAAGUCGUCUAGCAAGUGGCCGGGGGUCGGGGGUUCUUCUGCUCACCUCAGCCCCCUCAGAGAGUGCCUGGGGAUAACCUGAUCACAGCAAACAAGGCAUGACAACAGGGCCACAGCAGUCAUGGAAAUGGUGCAAGAGACCAAGGACACAGGCUGCGGGCCACAUCUAUUGCCCAGCCUUGACCCCGUGCCUGGAGGGCAUGAGCUUAGCCCUGGAGAAACCCCAGCUGGGAAAUGCUCUGCUGCCUUGAACCAGUUUCCUCAUGUUGAAACCACUGCCUUCAUGUCUACCCCCAAACUGCCUCAACCCCUGAAGGACGACUGUCUAAAGAUGAUGGGGGGGGGGCUGGUAUAAACACAGCUCCCUCCCCCCACCCCCAACUACAGUUUCUUCCUGGCACUGGUCAUGGAGUGUGAACGCAGACCCUCUGCAUCUGGGUCAGCUUGUAGCAUGGUACUCCUCCCUCUUCUGCUGCCCCCACCUCAGUUGACCCUCUUAGCCCAUCUUCUUUUGUCACCUUCCUCAACCACUGUGACUUCUCCAAAGGACAGGGAUGACCCGGCAGCCAUUCCCCCAUUCAUCCUGGGAACCUUCCGUAAGCACUGACCUGCCCGGGCUAAAUGUCCAAGAGGCACAGGGUAUGAGUCCCCAUCCCUUCUCCUCCAGCCCUCCCACACUUCCUUCCUCCAGUACCAGGCUGCAUCUUUAGCCACGAAGCCACCGCCCAGGCUACAUUUCUAGAGCGACAGGUCCUAUGGGUCUCAACAGCAGAGAAUGAGUCAAUGUUGAAAACAGCAACAAGAAUAUGAAGGGAGGCUGGAGUGGUCAGAGAAGAUGUCCAGCGACAGGCAGACUCUGCACCGGACCUUUAAGGAAGGUUAGGCUUCUGGUUUGUAGGACAAAGGAGACAGGCCCAUGAGAGAGAGAGGGAGAGAGAGAGAGAGAGAGAGAGAGAGAGAGAGAGAGAGAGAGAGAGAGAGAGAGAGAGAAAGGCCUGGAAAAAGGCCCAGAGGGAGGAAGACAGGUGUGGGAGUGAAUAUGGAGAACUUGAUCUCCAUGGGGACAUGCUGAGCAUCAUGGGGCCUCGAAUGCUAAACCGUAGUGAAGAGUGGCAGGGGAGGGACAUGCGUGCUUGGGAGCAUGAAGAGACGAAUGCUACAGAGUUGGAGAAGCUAGGGGACAGGGAGGGCAGACCAGGUGAUGAGCCAACAGCCGGUAGAGUGCCUGAAUGUGGCAGUGGAGAAGGGGGGAUAAGGCUCUUCAUGGCAGAGGUUCCCCCUCCUCACCCUCCCAACACCUGUCUCAAGCUCUUCCUUACUCCCAGGUGCUAUCAUAAGGCAUUUGGCAUGUAUUUUGUCAAUAAAUCCUAUCACCCAGACAUUCUUAAAAGAAGAUGAAAUUGAGUUCCAACAAGUUUUGUGACCCUUUAUCAGAAACUCACACUAGUGAGUGGCUAUGUCAGAACACGAGCCUGGGUCUCCCUGGAUGAGAACAGGAGAUCGUAAUCAUCCCAGAGGACACCUCUUGCCUUCACUGUGAUGGAGUUCAGUGGUUUCCUGACCCUUCUCCAAGCUCACACCAAACAGCUUGAUCUUUCCAGAAAUAAGAUUGGCCAGGAGACUGCUAAAAGUCCACUGAGGGUUCAGAAUCAUAUAUACCAGUAAAUAGGUGAAUGCAUGACUCCUGACCCUUUCUCUCUCUUUGCUCCCCAAGUCUUGGAGACGGGAAGCAGGGCUCUGUCUCCUGGGAGAGAGACCAAUCUAGUCUGGGCAAUCUAGAGCUGAGACAGUCUUGGUGAGGGACAGGAGAGAGAAGAGGAGGAUCGGUUUCAGACUUGCUUUGGAGUACGUUAUACGAGGUACGUUCUGAAAAGUCUGACUUCCAGGACGGAGCAGCCAAUGCCUCACCCCUACAGGAUCUCAAUGGCUUUGGGCAGAUUCUGGAACAUGCCACUGACCAGUGGGAGUAUCCAGUAUAAAUGGACAUAUCCUGUGACUAGAGGUGGGAUUAGGUGGGGAGAGUGAGCUGUGCACCUGAUGUCCGUGUUCCACCAAUGCUGGCUCUUCUGGGUGGAUGGGGGGGGCUGCCAGUGCCCAAAAGUCCUGCCUUUAUUGAUAAGUCGGCUUUACAAAAGAGACAUGGGGGACUAUUAGAAUUAUCUGCUUCCGAGGAACCUCUACAUCCCCAGGGCUGUCAGGAUUGGCCCAACCCAUUCUAGAAAACCAAAUCCUGGGUCUCCAGAGUGACUUCCAUGCACAGAGCUCUCAAGCCUUCCUUAGCCACCCUCACUCCACUGCCCCCAGAGGUCUCUGUUAGGCAAGAAGCUGAACUCAUUCUGGUCCAUGCUGGCUCUUUGCUCCUGCACUUUCCACCCUCCACCCCAGAGGUGCUCAUGAGAGGAGUGGCUAAUGGUGGACUUCACUGGUUGCCGUCUUCUGGGCAGGGGUCAGUCUUUGCCUCAAUCCAUUCUUUCUGAAGAAGAAAUCCAUUCCGCUUUUAAUAACUUUAUUGCAAUGCAGGAAACAAUAAAAGUUUACUCUUCUGAUUCUAAGCUGAGGACGCUAUGUUGGAAUUUUUUUUUUCUAUCUGAAUUUUGUCCUAAGACGUAAAAUCAGAUGGACUAAGUAAGAAGUUGGGGAAAGACAAGAGUAGGUGCUAUAAUACCUCCACCAAUAUCCCUCAUUUCUUUGGGAAGUUCUCAUAAACUUCCAGAAUUCACAAGGCUCUCCUGAGAGUGGACACAAGGGCAGAGAGGAUUAGCAAUGAAUGUUCCUCUGUUUCUUGUGGUAAGCAAGCCAUUUGCCUUUGAAUUUCCUGUGAUCUACCCUAGGGAAGAUGAACUGUGAAAUUCAAGUCAAGUCAUUCUAAAGGAGGGAUGGGUCCCAGCAGACCAAUCUGCACCUCCCUGUGGGUGAGCAGACAUCAGUAGGUCCCACACCAACCCCUGAGGACCCAUCACUGCCACCCAAUGGGGCAAAGAAGCAAAAAAAUUUCUUACUCCUGUAUUUUAGCAAAAGUUUAUAUAACAAAAUAAAUGGCACAUAUGUUUUCUAA